UCAAAUUCUUAAAAUCCGAUUUUGUGUUUCGUAAGUUACGCAAAAUAAAAAUGAUACAUUUUGUUGGCAUUCCUAACCAAUCUAUUUCUUGUGUUCAUCACGCGACUUGUGUUCAUUAAACGUGGAAUUUUUCUUCAUUAUUUUCAGACUUAAAAAUGCCAAUCGAUUUGUAUCAUACGAAUUUUAGUUCACCUUGUCGAGCAGUUCGUUUAGCUGCUGCAACAAUUGGAAUUGAUUUGAAUUUAAAAAUUUGCAAUCCUAGAAAAAAUGAUCAGAUGAAACCAGAAUUUCUUAUGAUAAAUCCUCAACAUACAAUUCCAACAAUGGAUGACGACGGUUUUUACUUAUGGGAAAGUCGAGCAAUUAUGACAUAUUUGGCUGAUAAAUAUGGAAAAGAUGAUUCUCUCUAUCCCAAAGAUGUGAAAAAACGAGCCCUAGUCAAUCAACGAUUGUAUUUUGACAUGGGAACACUGUAUCAAUUAUUUAAAAAUUACUACCGACCAACGAUUUUUGAAAAUGCAUCAAAAGACACGAUAAACAUGGAAAAAAUUGAUACAGCUUUUCAAUUUUUGGAUAAAUUUCUCGAAAAUGAAUAUUAUGUUGCUGGAAAAAAUCUCACAUUAGCUGAUCUAACUAUAUCUACCAGUGUUUCCACAUUUGAGGCAAUGGAAUAUGAUGUCAGGAAAUUUAAAAAUAUUGAUCAAUGGUAUCAAAGAAUGAAGAAGGAAAUUCCAAUGUAUAAAGAAAUUAAUGAAGAGGGUGUUAAAGAAUUUAAAGAAAUGGUUGCAUCAUUGAGAAAAUAUACCAAAAUGACAAUUGAUUUAUAUCAACUACCCGGCAGCUCGCCUUGCCGGACUGUUCGAUUGGUUGCCGCUGCUUUAGGGGUUAAAUUGAAUUUAAAACCUUGUGAUUUAAUGAAGGGUGAACAUUUAAAGCCAGAAUAUCUUAAGAUGAACCCUCAACACACUAUUCCAACAAUGGAUGAUAAUGGUUUCUACUUAGGAGAAAGUCGAGCUAUUAUAACCUACUUGGCUGAUCAAUAUGGAAAAGAUGAUUCUCUUUAUCCCAAAGAUCCCAAGAAACGUGCUAUUGUUAAUCAAAGAUUGUUCUUCGAUUUGGGAACACUUUACCAAGCAUUUUCAACAUAUUAUUACCCAAUAAUCUUUGCAAAUGCUCCUAAAGACGAGGAAAAUUAUAAGAAAAUUGCAACAGCUAUUGGAUUUUUGGAUAAAUUCCUUGAGGGUGAAAAUUAUGUGGCUGGAAAAAAUAUGACUAUCGCCGAUCUUGCUCUAACUACCACAGUUUCAAACUUUGAGGUUAUGGAUUAUGACUUAAGUAGUUUCAAAAAUGUCACCAAAUGGUACUCAAAAAUAAAGAAAGAAGCUACCAAUUAUGAGGGGACCAAUGGAGAAGGAGCAAAAGCAUUCAAAGCUCUUGUCGAUAAAAAAAAAAAAAAAAUGUCAGUUGACUUGUAUGGAUUAAAUACAUGCUCGGGAUGUCGAGCAAUUUUAUUAACAGCUGAGGCAAUUGGUAUCGAAGUGAAUUUAAUAACAGUCGACAUAGGAAAUGGUGAACAUCAAACACCUGAAUAUGAAGAGAUGAAUCCUCAAAAACUUAUACCAACAUUAGUGGACGGUGAUUAUAAACUCGGUGAAAGCCGAGCAAUUUUAGCUUAUUUAGCUGAUCAAUAUAGUCAAAAUGAAAGAUUGUAUCCAAAAAAUCCGGGCAGUCGAGCAUUGGUCGAUCAUCGUUUAUAUUUUGACAUUGGAACACUUCAUAAAGCGAUUGCCGCUUAUUAUUUUCCUGUUGCAUUCAAAGGAGAGAAAGAAUUUGAUUCAACGAAAUAUCCAAAAGUUGAGGAAGUUUAUGAAAUGUUAGAUAAAUAUCUCGAGGGUCAGGAUUACGUGGCGGGAAAAAAUUUGACAAUUGCAGAUUUAUCAAUAACUGCCACAGUCACAACAAGCGAGGUGUUUGGCUUUGACGUCAGUAAAUAUGAAAAUGUUUCAAGGUGGUUGGAGAAAAUGAAAACUUCAGCCCCAGGUUAUAGAAAGGCAAAUGGUGAGGGUCUCGAAUUGUUGAAAAAACAAUAUCAAGAAAAACUUGAUGAGGGGGAAAAUGAAGCAGAUGAAAAUCAAGAGGAAAAUGAUGCUGAAGAUGAAAAUGAAAAUGAUGCUGAUAAUGAAGAAGAAGAAGAAGAGGAAGAAGAAGAAGAAGAAGAAAACAAAAAUGAAGAUGAAACAAAGCCUCCAGAGGAAUAAAAAAUAAUAAAUACCGCGGAUCUUAAUAUGCAUCAAUUUAGUGAUGAUUAAUAUUUCUAAAAAAAAAAUAUUAUUAUUAUUCUCUUCUUGUUUUAUUGUUUAUUUAGAAAGAAAAAAUUUUUUUUAAGCGAAAUAAAUGUCUCGAACGAAAAAAAGAAAAUAUCUUUCUGUUUGCAAUUAAAAAGUUCAAGUAUUACUUCUGCCUUUAAACUUCUUGCUUUACUCGGACAAGGUUAU